CUCCGCACCUCACACUCAGGUGCGAGCCUGCGUUUCUGCCAUGACUCACCGCCUUGGAAAUCAGAUUAGAUCUUCGACAAGAUCUGAUAAGAUUUCGCAUCUCACCCUAACCACAGAUCCCGUACCACCUCUCUCUCCUCUCCAUCCCCAUGCUACCACUUUACAUCUUGCUCACAUGCCUGAGCACCUACGCACGGGGACGGCCAACGGAUCCGUCCGAAUUCUGCUUGGGAGGCUGCGAACUCGCUCUCUCGAUUUUCAAGUUCAACGAAUCAUCCUCGUCCCCUGCAGAUCUGUCAACGUUACGAGCUAAGGCCGGGUGUGACAAUGAAUUUCAGAUACCGUCUUUGUAUUUAUGUCUGAGUUUGUUUUGUACAGAGGAUGAGAGAAUCGUGGGAUUGAAUGGCAUGAAUGAGACAUGUCGGAGCCGAUCCAAUGUCACACUUCCGCCUUUUUCCAUUGUUGAUCGAUAUUCGGAUGAAGAUAUCGAGAGGUUGAGACAUCUCCAAGUCGAGGAGAUUCCCAAUGGAGCAGAUUUCGUGUUUAAUGAAAUCGCUGUUCCUUCGAUACAGGUCUUUAAGUUGGCUUUUGACACUCUGGAUGCUGUGUAUUUUGAACUCAGAAUUCAUAAUACAUAUGGUUGCGCCAUGUACUAUUUCUGGGCCAUUGUGAUCAUCAUCGGUCUCUCCUCACAUCUCCUCCCCUACCUCUUGACAUUCCAAAACCGCAACAGAAGAUGGCAGAAGCUACUUAGCAAUGACUUAGAUGGCAUAGAAGAGCCAUUCCAGAAGUCGAGAAGCAGUAUCUUCGAUACAACAUAUACCCUAUUCAAGCAACACAUCACAGUCCCGGCGACAUUUGGGCACAGACGAUCUCAAAACAUCGGAUGGUGCACAAUCCCCACUCGCGUCCAGAGCCUCGCCAUAGGAGCAUUCAUUAUUGUCAAUAUCGUUCUCUGUUCCUGCAGUUAUAGAGUAUUUGAGAAUAACAUCUAUUGGCCUCGAGUAUAUGACCAAGGUCUCCGCUACUUCGCCGACAGGACAGGAAUCAUUGCCACCGCAAAUCUGCCUCUUAUAUGGAUAUUCGGGAUCCGAAAUAACGCCCUGGUGUGGCUGACUGGUUGGGAUUUCGCAACAUACAAUAACUUCCAUCGUUGGGUUGCCAGGGUGUCGACUUUGGAAGCAGUGUUGCAUUCGCUUGCAUACACUGUUAUGAUAGUAGCCAGAGAAGGAUCCGUCGCAGAGGCAUGGGCUUACUACCUCACGUAUUACCAGAGGAGGUAUUUCGUGAACGGGGUCUUAGCUACUAUAUUCAUGGUUGGAAUCCUCGUCGCCUCCGUUUACCCAUUACGCCGCAAUUUCUACGAAAUCUUCCUCUGGCUACACAUCAUCCUCUCGAUCCUCGUCAUCGUCACAAUGUACUUCCACAUCGAAAUAUUCCGUGGCUACACAACCUACAUCUACCCCUGCAUCCUAAUCUGGCUCCUCGACCGCCUCCUCCGCUUCCUCCGAAUCCUCUCAUUCAACCCCCGUUUCUGGGCCACAACCGCAACAGUAACCUACUCCUCCUCUUCCAAUAUCGUGCGUCUGAGCGUAACAUACACGUCAUCAUUCGUUAAGCCUCGACCAGGGACGUUCUAUUAUGUCUAUGUGAUUGAUCGGUGGAGGUUCUGGGAGAAUCACCCGUUUACACUGGGGUAUGCUACGCCUGAGGUGAUGGAUGGGGAUGGGAAGGGGUCGGUGGUGUAUUCCCCUGCUCAUCCGUCGUCGAUGUCGUUGGGGACGAUAAGUCCGCCUCGAAGGGCAACUUCGCCGCCUCAGCAGUAUUUACUGUCAACAGAGACUGUAUCUUCAGAACUUUCUCCCGUCUUCCCAUAUGACGAAUCAGCACACCUCCUGUCAUCCUCCUCCACUCCAACUACAACCAGCAACUCCACCUCGACCGCCGAACCCAGUACGCUAACCUUCCUCAUCCGCCCCUACACAGGCUUCACAUCCCGUCUCCGCACUUCAUGCCUCGCCUCACACUCACACACAACAACCCACCGCAUUCUCCUCGAAGGUCCCUACGGCAGCACGCAACCCCUCAACACCUAUAUCAACAUCCUCUUCAUCGUAGGCGGAACAGGAAUCGCUGUCCCGCUAUCGUAUAUGAGGAUGUUAACCAACAACCGCAAGAGCAACAGCAACAGUAAUGGCAGUACCAAGACAACCACACCUCGCUGUGUGAAGAUCGUCUGGGCUGUCAGGGAACGUGCAUUUUUAGACGACGUUAUUAGCCAGGAUUUCAGUUCUGCUGGAUUUGGAGAUGGAGAUGAUGACCGCAGCCCUUAUCACGGUGCCGGUACCGGUACCGGUGGUACUGAUCCUCCUAAUGAGCAGCAGAUAGCUGUUAACCUAACAGCGUACAUCACAGGAGAUACUAGUAUCGAUCCUCGUGCUGAUCCACAUAUCGAUCCUCACCCACCUAUCCAUAUCCAUUCCCAGGACGAGGAAUCAAAAACCAAAACCAAAAACAAAACCCACAACACCUCCUCUUCCUGCCCCCUCUAUCCCCGGCAAAAAACGACCACCAACCUCCCCCUCCCCCUCAACCUCACGAUCCUCCCGGGCCGGCCCAACGUCCCCCUCGAGAUCCUCAACACAGCUCAAUCACUCCAAUCGACAUCUUCUACAAAUCCAUCUGCGCGCACAAACCUAGCAGUAAUAACCUGCGGACCCAGCCUAAUGGCAGAUGAAGCGCGGAGGGCGGUUGUGGAUGUGUUGGGGAGGGGGGUAAGUGAAGUUGGGGUUGGGGUUGGCAUUGAGUAUUUUGAGGAGAGUUUUAAUUGGUGAAUUUUUAUUUCUACCUCAUUUUGUUUGUUGGGUUUUGGGGAGGGUAUAGUACAGUGGUUUGGUGAUUAGUGACUAUUGGCUGGUGGUUGGUGGUUCGGUGAUAUAUCUCAUCUUGAAGAAUGAAGAUUGAAGGUUGAAGGUUGGAGGGUUGGAGAUGGAAGAGCUAGAAGUGAGGAAGAAGUGAGGAAGAAGUGAGAAGGAGGAGAGGAGAGUAGCGAGUAGACUGGAACGGGGGAGUGGCAUUAGAGCAUUAGAGCAUUAGAUACACUAGAGACAUCACAGACAUCACAGACAUUUGAUACGUCAGAGCAUCAGCAUCUGAAAGAAAGCAUUGGAUACUGAGGGAGGCACUUAUUACCCUUGCCUUGGCCUUUUCAUUCUCUUAUUUAAGACAAGAACGAUUCGGAGUGAGAGUGGAAGUAACUUAGACUACACGGAAAUAGAAUAGAGCAACUAGAAUUCUUAAGCAGAUAGAUAUA